UGGUGAGGAGUGUUGAUUUGCAUUUGCAAAUGCAAGACAUGAAGAAAAGUGUUAAUUGAUUGAUUCAUUUAACAAAGGAGCAGUGAGCAGAUAUGUGUGACGACGAGUGGGUAAAGGUGGCCAUGGCCGACGAUUCCCUCGUCGUCGAGCUUCUCCUCCGCCUCCACCGUCCUCCGCCGCCGCCUCCCUCUCUUCUCCUCCGGUGGACGGUCCGCCAGCGCCGCUCCAGACACAACAACAAGAAGGCGGAGUCCACCCGCGCCAGCCCCACCACGCCGCUCUCCUGGAGCGCCGCCUACGAGGACUCCACUCCCCAUACCUCAAGAUCUAAGGUUGCAAAUCCCAGUGAAACAGCCACUACCAGAAAGUCAAGAAGAAAAAAGACCUUAGCUGAACUAAAAGAGGAGGAGAAUUUGUUGUUGAAAGAAAGAAAAAGUUUGAAAAAUGAACUGGCAUCCUUGCGUCUCAGUGUUGAGAAACAUAGAGCCACAAAUGAAAGCUUAAAGAGAAUGAAGCUUGAUUUGGAGUCACGGCAAGACUCAAGUGCUGCUGCUACUACGGCCUCUGAGGUGUCUGGGAAAGCUUUCAGUGGCCCUUCUCAGUUUGUAAAGUCAGAGUAUCAUCCAUCAAAUUCAGUCUCCCCAAAAACUGUCACACAUGACGAUUCAUUAGUUCAUGCGCCAAAUGCUUCUCCCAAGGCACAAGACAUUUGUAACCAAGAUUCUACAUUCGUGCUCCCUGAUCUAAAUUUGCCUGUCGAGGAGGAUGUCAGUGCCAAUGCAUGUCAUGCAUUGAAUUAGCUAAUAAAGGAUAAGAUCUUCAGUGAUAUUCUGCAUACUGAUAAGUUAGUCCGAAAUCAUCUAGCAAGUGUGCCUAAAAGCAGUAGUAUAAGGUAUAUCAUAUCAGUCCUAACAAAUUAGGUUUUGCUAAUGUAAUUGUAGAUGUUAAACAAUUCACUUUUCCCACUUGGUCAAAACUGAUGUGGAAAUUGUUUUUAUUUUUUUCAUUCAUGAAACUGAGGGUAGUGUAGAAAUCCUAACACAUCAGGCUUUUAGUUCCAUUCUUUUUUUCUUCACAGGUUUCUACAUUGUCCGAAAUUCUGUGGCAACUCUCUAUCGUCCUUUAUCAUAGAAAUAUUUUCUGAUAAAUGUAAUUACGUGUUCUAUAGAUAAUUCAAGAAUUUUGGUUCUUGUGAUGAGGUUGUCUGUAUUUACCAUAAUUUGUUUUCUUC